AUGGCGAUGAACAAAAUCCGCGGCGCCUUUACGGUGCCUCGGAAAGGAGAGACGUUUGAAUUGCGAGCUGGACUUGUUUCCCAGUAUGCCUACGAACGGAAGGAAUCCAUUCAAAAGACAAUCAUGGCCAUGACCCUGGGAAAGGAUGUCUCAGCUCUGUUCCCUGAUGUUCUCAAGAACAUUGCCACAGCCGAUCUUGAGCAGAAGAAAUUGGUCUACCUCUAUCUCAUGAACUACGCCAAAUCGCACCCUGAUCUAUGUAUUCUCGCCGUGAACACCUUCGUACAAGACUCGGAAGACCCCAACCCACUUAUUCGUGCGCUGGCAAUCCGCACAAUGGGUUGUAUUCGGGUGGAGAAGAUGGUGGACUACAUGGAAGAACCGCUGCGCAAGACCCUCCGAGAUGAGUCGCCGUAUGUCCGCAAAACCGCUGCAAUCUGUGUGGCCAAGCUUUUCGAUCUGAACCCGACAAUGGCCCUCGAGAACGGAUUCUUGGAGACACUCCAGGAGAUGAUUGGAGACCCCAACCCCAUGGUCGUCGCCAACUCGGUGACUGCACUCCAGGAGAUUCAUCACACGGCACCCGAGACACAGGCUCUACAGAUUAAUGCUAACUCGCUACGGAAGAUGUUGAUGGCUUUGAACGAGUGCACGGAAUGGGGGCGCGUCACUAUUCUCUCCACUUUGGCCGAGUAUAAGACCUCUGACGUGAAGGAGUCGGAGCACAUUUGCGAACGAGUCGCUCCUCAAUUCCAGCAUGUUAAUGCCGGUGUGGUUCUUGCGGCAGUCAAGGCUGUGUUCUUACAUAUGAAGAAUGUCAGCCCUGACUUGUCGAAGACCUACCUAAAGAAGAUGGCUCCGCCAUUGGUUACGUUGGUUUCAUCAGCCCCCGAAGUGCAAUAUGUGGCGUUAAGAAAUAUUGAUCUUCUGCUGCAAAAGGAGCCUGACAUUCUCAACAAAGAACUCCGUGUUUUCUUCUGCAAAUACAAUGACCCGCAAUAUGUCAAGUUCCAGAAACUUGAGAUUAUGGUGCGCAUAGCGAACGACCGCAAUGUGGACCAGCUCCUCGCUGAAUUGAAGGAGUAUGCCCUUGAAGUCGAUAUGGACUUUGUGCGCCGAGCUGUCAAGGCAAUCGGCCAGGUUGCCAUCAAGAUUGAGAGCGCUAGCGAGCGGUGCGUUAACACGUUGUUGGAUCUCAUCAACACUAAGGUGAACUACGUCGUUCAGGAAGCGAUUGUUGUUAUCAAGGACAUCUUCCGGAAAUACCCUGGCUACGAAGGUAUCAUCCCGACUCUAUGCCAGUGCAUCGAUGAGUUGGAUGAGCCCAAUGCUAGAGCAGCAAUCAUCUGGAUUGUUGGAGAGUAUGCCGAAAAGAUUAGCAACGCGGGUGAUAUCUUGGGUGGCUUUGUGGAUGGUUUCAACGAAGAAUUCUCUUCGACCCAAUUGCAAAUCCUCACAGCUGUGGUCAAACUCUUCCUCAAGCGGCCCGAGAAGGCACAGGGCUUGGUGCAGCGGGUACUCCAGGCUGCGACAUCCGAGAACGACAACCCAGAUGUCCGUGACCGAGCAUAUAUCUACUGGCGUCUUCUGUCCAACACCAGCGAUUCAAACGCGACAAAGAACAUUGUUCUCUCGGACAAGCCCCCUAUCGUCACCACCAUCCACUCACUGCCACCGGCACUUCUUGACCAACUCCUUUCCGAACUGUCUACUCUUUCUUCCGUCUACCACAAGCCCCCCGAGCAGUUUGUCGGACACGGCCGAUUCGGUGCCGACGCCGUCAUGCGCGCUGCUAUCGAGGAACAAAUCCAGAACGCACGCGAGAACCCACUGGCCGCGGCUGCUGCCGCUGCCGCUGGCGGCACCACAGCCCCUGCGCAGGCGCAAAGCAACGUCGAGAACCUGCUGGACAUUGAUUUCGACGGCGGUGCUCCUGCCUCCGCACAAACCGAGCCUUCCAGCGGCAUGUCCGGCCUGGAGGGUCUGGCUGGCACUCCCGUACGGGUAGCGUCCCCUGCAGCUGGUACCCCGACCGCCCAAGCAAGCAACAACCUAGAUGAUCUCUUGGGCGUGUUCGGAGACUCCGGUGCCGCCCAGCCCUCGUCGAGCGGUGGCGGAAGUGCCGACCUCAUGAACGGAUUCUCUGGUCUUGAUCUCUCUGGCAAUGCAGGCCCUUCUCAAAAUAACCAGUCCAAGAAAUCCAACGACGACAUCUUGUCACUCUUCUAG